CCUCUUAUAGGCCGGGACCGCGCACACAAACUCUCACUCAAGCCUCCCAGCUCAGCAUCUAUCUACACAAACACAAAACCCGCUCACCUGAAGACCCGCAGGAUGGACGCUGCGUACAAGAAGGUCAAUGGAACCUACCCGGCAGAGGCAGAGCCAGAAGAGCCGAGGAAGAGAAGGGGCUCCAUGUACCUGGAGGAGGAGACCAACAAGAAGUCCGAGGUGAUAUCCUGCAUCUUCUCCCUGAAGGAGGAGGUCGGAGCGUUAGCCAAAGCCCUGCGUCUCUUUGAGGAGAAGGGCAUCAACCUGACCCACAUCGAGUCCCGUCCGUCGCGGAGCAACACAGACAAGUACGAGUUCUUCAUCAGCGUGGACUCGUCCUGCUCCCAGGCCCUGGAUGAGGUCAUCGACGGCCUGCGCACACAGAUCAGCGGCCACGUGCACGAGCUGACACGCAACAAACAGAAGGACACAGUGCCCUGGUUCCCCAACGACAUCCAGGACCUGGACCGCUUCGCCAACCAGAUCCUGAGCUACGGCUCCGAGCUGGACGCCGAUCACCCGGGUUUCACAGAUCCAGUGUACAGAGCGCGCAGGAAGGAGUUCGCUGACAUCGCCUACAACUACAGACAUGGCCAAAUCAUACCGAAGGUGGAGUACACAGAGGACGAGCGGCGCACGUGGGGCGUCGUGUUCAAGGAGCUGAAGACUCUGUACCCGACUCACGCCUGCCGCGAACACAACCGCGUUUUCCCGCUGCUGGAGAAAUACUGCGGCUACAGGCAGGACAACAUCCCACAGCUGGAGGACGUGUCCCGCUUCCUGCAGUCGUGCACGGGUUUCCGACUCCGCCCGGUUGCCGGCCUGCUGUCGUCCCGGGACUUCCUGGCCGGACUCGCCUUCCGUGUCUUCCAUUCCACGCAGUACAUCCGCCACAGCUCCAAGCCCACGUACACACCUGAGCCGGACAUCUGCCAUGAGCUCCUGGGACACGUUCCUCUGUUUGCUGAUCCUAGUUUUGCCCAGUUCUCACAGGAAAUUGGUCUUGCAUCUCUUGGUGCCCCCGAUGAGUACAUCGAGAAACUUGCUACCGUCUACUGGUUCACCGUGGAGUUUGGCCUGUGUAAGCAGGGCUCUGAGAUCAAAGCCUACGGAGCUGGCUUGCUGUCGUCGUUUGGAGAGCUGCAGUACUGCUUGACGGACAAACCCAGGCUGGAGCCGUUCCACCCCGACAAGACCAGCCUCCAGAAAUACCCGAUCACAGAGUUCCAGCCUGUUUACUUUGUGGCUGAGAGCUUUGAGGACGCCAAAGAGAAAGUCAGGAAAUUUGCCGCCACCAUCCCCAAGCCUUUCUCAGUGCGCUACAACCCCUACACCCAGAGUAUUGAAGUGCUGGACAACACCCAGCAGCUCAGGAACUUAGCAGACAGCAUCAACAGUGAAAUGGGGAAACUGUGCGAAGCCCUGAGGAAGCUGGAGUAACUCCACGUGUGAUCCGGGCUGACAUCAUGAUAACGGUUCACAUAUUAAACUGCUGGCCUCUUGUUAUGCCUCUUACCGUGCAUGCGAAUGAGCUUUCUUUGUAUUAAAACAAAUAUGCAAUCCAGCUAGAACAAAAAAAAAAAAGUCUUUGUAUUUUAGUCAAGUGAAUGAAAUGUAGCCUCUUAAUAAAUAUAUGUAUGUAAGAGCUGAAAAUGUUACCAAAGGAGCUGCUUUACAAAAUACAAGCAUUUAAUUUGAAAUCAAAUGUGAACCUUUAAUAUGCUGUAACCGUAUGCGUUUUUUUUUCUCUGCAUUAUAUAACAGCAGAGCUUUUCUUUCAUUCACUUUUAUUUCAUUUGGAUAAAUUAAAAGUUUUGUAUGUGCAUGAAACAAAUAAAUAUUUCUCCUCUUGGAA